AUGAGCAGCACCGAGGUCAUAGAAGCCGAAAUGGAAAUCGCCCUUCCGAACGACGACAAAGAAUUGAUCGACCGGAUGGGCGGUGGCUACAUCGAAAAAUAUAUGUACAUUCUUGAGCCGAACUGCCGUAAUGAGCACUACGACCUGCUGGACUUGACCGACGAACGGACUGAAGCUAACGCAACGAUAUGGGAGGUCGAGGCGAAGCCUCCGGAGCUGCAGAUCGAAGGGAGCUUUGUCAUCCCCUGGGCGACGACGGAUAACGGCGAGUAUCUGUUCUGGCGGUGCCUCCCAGGGCAGCAUCCCGACGAGUGGACAGUCAUUCUGAACCAGGGUCGGGACUGGACUUGGGAGCACCAUGAAAUGAACUGCACCGAUUUCCUCUACGCAGCCCUUACAAAGGAGAUUCAAUCAGAGAUUCUUAGCGAUGACUUCCCUCUCUCCCGUCACGCCGAGACCGAAUCGCCUAGCAUCCUCCUUAAGCGUAACUAA